AUGUCCAACAUAGCUUCGAGUUCGCUGCGGCAGGCUUCACGCAUUUGCUUGAAGCAGUCUACGUCUCCGACGUGCCUUGCGAGGAGUGCUACGGCUCGUGUGACGCGGUUAUCAAGCCAAAGGAGGGGAUAUGUUUCUGAGACGAAGAAGGGCAAUGCACAAGUCAACGUCGACACUGCCAUCCGGGCGGAGCAGAAGACGUUCUUCCAGGAGACCGGGAAGCAUCCAGAGGGCCAGAUUGUACCAGGAACCAGCGUAAACGCUGAUGCUAUGAUGAGUCCCAUGGCUGGUGUCCUCAAGCAAGCAACAGUUCUGGACCAAGGAGAAAGACCGAUUUACCUUGAUAUGCAAGCCACAACGCCCCUAGAUCCCCGAGUGUUGGAUGCGAUGCUUCCGUUCUAUACCGGACUCUAUGGCAACCCUCAUUCUAGAACGCAUGCUUAUGGCUGGGAAACCGACGAAGCAAUUGAACAGGCCCGUCAGAAUAUUGCCGAUCUUAUUGGUGCCCACCCUAAGGAAAUUAUCUUCACUAGUGGAGCUACGGAGAGCAACAACAUGAGUGUCAAGGGCGUUGCAAGAUUCUUCGGCAGGGCCGGAAAGAAGAACCACAUCAUAACUACGCAAACAGAGCAUAAAUGCGUGCUUGAUAGCUGCCGGCAUUUACAAGAUGAGGGGUUUGAAGUCACGUAUCUUCCUGUAAAGAGCAGUGGACUGAUCGAUAUGUCGGAUCUUGAAGCCGCGAUGCGACCAGAGACUGCCCUUGUCAGUAUAAUGUCGGUCAACAACGAAAUCGGUGUGAUACAACCGUUGGAAGAAAUUGGAAAGCUUUGCCGGUCGAAGAAGGUUUUCUUCCACACCGAUGCCGCCCAAGCUGUCGGGAAGAUCCCUAUGGAUGUCAAUAAGAUGCAAAUUGAUUUGAUGUCAAUUUCAUCGCAUAAGAUAUAUGGACCAAUGGGAAUUGGAGCAUGCUACGUUCGCAGGCGACCCAGAGUCCGCAUCGAUCCCAUUAUCACUGGAGGCGGUCAAGAGAGAGGCUUGAGGAGUGGUACUCUUGCCCCUGCAUUGGUGGUGGGAUUUGGUGAGGCCUGCCGAAUCGCCAAGGAAGAGCUCGUUUACGAUUCCCAACGGAUCAAAAAGCUUUCCGAUAGACUUCUUAGGGGCCUCCUGUCACUUGAGCACACGCAACAAAACGGGGACCCCAACCACUUCUACCCAGGGUGCGUCAAUGUAUCAUUCAGCUACGUCGAAGGCGAGUCGUUGUUGAUGGCACUUAAAGACAUCGCAUUGUCGUCUGGGAGUGCCUGUACAUCUGCAUCCCUUGAACCCAGCUAUGUCCUCCGUGCCCUCGGAAGCAGCGAUGAGAGCGCACACAGCAGUAUUCGCUUCGGUAUUGGUCGUUUCACUACCGAAUCAGAGAUUGACUACGUUUUGAAGGCAGUUAAUGAGAGAGUCUCAUUUUUGCGGGAGUUGAGCCCGCUUUGGGAACUUGUGCAAGAGGGAAUUGCACUCGAUAGUAUUCAGUGGAGCCAGCAUUAA